CCCUCCCUCCCUCCCUCCCUCGCCCGCUGCUGACUCCAGCCUCAGUGAAGACGCCCUUAGCAACAACACACAGCUGCGUCGAAUAAGAUACUCGUACCGCGGAGAAGACGGAUUAAACGCUGCUGCUUUAUUCCGCUGAGUACAGGUGAAGCUCUGCUGCGAACACGAUGCACCGACUGUCUGUGCAUUCAACAUGGGACCUCAGCUAGCGAGCUAGCCUGUUCAGGCUAGCCGUCCCCCCCGAAGACGAGCGAAGCAGCCCCAAGCUGUCCCGAAGGAGGGCGAAAUCCUGGGGGUUCGACGAGUGCUCGCAUCGCUGUUUGCUAACUACAAAGUCAGCUAGCCGGGAAUAAGCACGGGAAUGGUGCUCUGGAUCGACUCACUGAACCGACAGAGAAAGGCGAGGGGCACACGGCUCAGACCACCAAGCUGUAAUAUUUGGACUCAAACUAUUUUUAACAGAGGGAGCGGCUCUCCGGCGGACGGGUGUUUUUGUGGCUGUUCGAGCUAGCUGGCUAGCUAAACCGAGGGAGACGACCCCCCACCGCCUGCUCAGGUUUUUCAAACUGCAGCCAAGGCUAAUGUUAGCCGGGGCGAGCGUGUGAGCAGCACACCGAGCACACAAAACCCCGUGGUUUUAAUAAAGCGAGGAUAAAUUACAGUCAAAGCCGAGGAGAAAGUAGCUUGAGUUUGUUGAACCGAAACCACAACUCAAGGCUGCUCGGACUCUUUUGUUGUUUUGUUUUUUUUUUUAGCUGACGUUGCACGGCGAAGUUGUAAAUGCUGUUAUCUAAGUUUUGCAACGUGACUCAAGUUUGAAUCUCUUGUUUUUUGUUUGUUUUGUUUUUGUACACCUUUUUCCCCACUUCGGAUGCUGGCAUCACAUUUUAAUUACAACCAUGAUGAUAAUAAGCAGAAAACCAGAGGGCCCAAUAGCAACAGCACGACAUGGUGACGGCCUGUAUGACUCAUACAUGAGGACGGACCACAUUCUUAAAGACGAAGCAGAUACAAAUAGUCCGUCAGGCCUGCCCCCCAUGCCCAAACACACAGUUGUAAGUAACAAGACUGUAAUGAGGGAUCAGGUGACCGUGCGAGGUGGCCAGCUGAAGGUCAAGUACCUGUAUGAAGACUCCACCAACAACCGAAAGAUCAACGCCAUAACCACAGCAACCACUCAGAACGGUGGGACCACUGGUCAGAUGCCCAGUAAACCUACCCCGGUCUCCAGCCUGUCCAAGGAGCGCAGUGUAGACAGCACUGAAUCCAGUAAGGGCUCCAGUGAAUCCUCGGGCUCACAUGGUGUUGUGAAUGGAGGGAACAGUGGGAAGCUGUGUGGACCUCUCACUCCUGACCAGGCUCUGAGACUGUACCGAUCUCAGCUGACCACCUUGGAGCACACAGAGAUCCACUCCUACUCAGAUGUCUACUUUGUGGGACCCAAUGCCAAGAAGAGGCCUGCUGUAGCUGGAGGCAACAACAACUGUGGUUAUGAUGACGAACAGGGCGGAUACAUUCAUGUCCCCCAUGACCACCUGGCGUACCGCUACGAGUUCCUCAAGAUUAUUGGUAAAGGAAGCUUCGGCCAGGUGGCGAAGGUAUACGACCAUAAACUGCAGCAGCACUUGGCUCUGAAAAUGGUGCGCAACGAGAAGCGCUUCCACCGGCAGGCGCAGGAGGAGAUCCGCAUCCUGGAGCACCUGCGCAAGCAGGAUCGUAACGGCACCAUGAAUGUCGUGCACAUGCUUGAAAACUUCACCUUCCGCAACCACAUCUGCAUGACCUUUGAGCUGCUGAGCAUGAACCUGUAUGAGCUGAUCAAACGCAACAAGUUCCAGGGCUUCAGCCUGCCACUGGUCAGAAAGUUUGCACACUCUAUCCUGCAGUGCCUGGAAGCCCUGAGCAGGCACAGAAUCAUCCACUGUGACCUCAAGCCAGAAAACAUCCUGCUCAAACAGCAGGGACGCAGCGGCAUCAAGGUGAUUGACUUUGGCUCCAGCUGUUUUGAACACCAGCGGGUGUACACCUACAUCCAGUCUCGUUUCUAUCGAGCUCCGGAGGUGAUCCUCGGUUCACGUUAUGGCCUUCCUAUUGACAUGUGGAGCUUCGGCUGCAUACUGGCUGAGCUGCUGACUGGUUACCCCCUGUUCCCUGGUGAGGAUGAGGGCGACCAGCUGGCCUGUGUCAUGGAGCUGCUGGGCAUGCCUCCACAGAAGGUCCUGGAGCAGGCCAAAAGGGCAAAGAACUUCAUCAACUCCAAGGGCCAUCCUCGCUACUGUGGAGCCAACACCCUGCCCACAGGGGCCACUGUGCUGACGGGGUCUCGCUCACGCCGCGGGAAGAUGAGAGGUCCUCCAGGUAGCAAGGAGUGGAGCGCUGCACUCAAGGGCUGUGAGGAUCCCACCUUUUCUGACUUCAUAAAGAAGUGUUUGGACUGGGACCCUUCAUCUCGGCUCACCCCCAGCCAGGCCCUCAGACACCCUUGGCUGUAUCGCCGCCUACCCAAGCCCCUGCCUGGGACCGAUAAGAGCCCAGGGGCCACGGUGAAACGGCUCCCGGAGCACCACAGCACCUCUUUCCCCUCUAUCCUGGCCAAAGGAGGGCCUGGCUUAGGCACCACAGCUGCCAACAACAAACUGAGGAGCAACAUGAUGGGAGAUUCUGGGGAGGGCAUACCUCUUCGCACGGUCCUACCCAAACUUGUCUCUUAGGGAGAGAGAGUCCUGUAAUCUCCUCUCCCUCCACUUCCUCCUCCUCCUCCUCUGAACUCCUCAGGAGGAGUCAGAGUUCAGGAGCAAGUGGAGCCUAGGUUUUAAAACUUGUUUGGUUGCUUUUUAUUCAUUUUCUACUGAGAGGUGUCGACACCCCAGUUCCUGGUUUUUAUUAUUAGCUGAACAGCGAGAGAGAGACAAUUAAAGAAACACUCUAAAAAAAGUUUUUAUACAGAGGAUUUCCUUGAGCGGCUGUAGAAUUUCUAUAAACAGCCAUUGAUGAGGUUUGAUUUAGAUGAUGCUUUUUAAAAACCUGCUUGUGUGAGUGGACAGCUUCGUAAAGGAGCAAAUGUUUUUAACCGGCAUGUGUUCUCACGUGAGUGUUGUGUUUUCAGUCAAACACACUCAAGCACACCUGCACUGUCACUUGCCUCAAUUCACACUCUUUCUUAACACUCAGAGGACGCCACCCUUCCCUGGGAUGUGUCUAUAUGAGUGAAACUUGAAAAGGGCUACAGAGAUUACUCUUAUCAGGUUAGCGAGGAAAGAUUUGUUCAGCUGACAUAAUUUAUUAGGAAACAAAAGAAUCAAGCUCGAGUGUUUGGGCCCGCACACUGACAGUUAGCCCCCACAUGUACAACAUAAAUAUUGGCCUUCACACAGUUGGUAAUGAGGGAUUGGCAUUAUGUUGUGAUGAAUAAGGAAAACUUUUUUUUUUAGCAAUAAGUCUUCUUCUUGUCUACUUCUUUGUCUUUUCUAAUGGCGCUCUUUUUCUACUUUCCCUGGUGCAGGCAUGUCAGCUCAGUAUGUUACAUUAGUAUGUGUGUGUGCUUUAGCUCUGAGGUGCUACUGUGAGAGACGUUAAGAGGGCAUAGGACAACCUAUUUGCAGCCUCCCCUCCUCUUCCACCCCCCCAGCUCCGCCAUUUGAGUGAAAAGUGGACGGGGUUGAGGAGGACAGUAGCUCCACUCAGACUGUCACAAAGGUGUCACUAUCACACUUGGUACUUCAGACUUAAACUGAUAUAUAUGUUUAGGAGGAGAGCUGCAAGUCACUGCACAUGAACACCUGUGGGAUGGAAAGUUAGCGUUGGAAAGUAAAAGUUUGUCAGCUGCCCACGCCCUUUUAUUGGCUGCUGCGAUUGCUGGCAGUGGUGCAUUUAAUCCGAAUGGAAGAAGCUGAGGAAGAUCAUGGGGUAAAGUGAAGGGCGGUAUGUUCAAUAUGAGCCAAGUUCUUUAUUUCUUUCAGGGGGUGGUGUAGAAGUGUCGACAGGACCGUGCCAGUGACAAAGGAGGGUUUUAAUGGUACUGAAGAAAGAAGUGUUUCUCAGGGAGACAUACUUGAUACAUCCCUUAUUCUUAUAUUAACUGUGUUCCACUUCCAGUCCUCUGUCCCGAGUAUGGAUGAACAUGCAUGUGAGUUCUGUCCACCGAGAGCGAGAGAAUGCGUAUACGAGCGCUUGUGCGAAGGGGGUCUGCAUGCUCCACAAUCUGACCUAGAUUCUCUCUCCUCCCCCCACGGUCUCUCUCUCGUUUCUCUCAUGUAGGGCUGGGAACCUCUUAAACUCACACACACAUUUAUCGUGAAUUAUGGUGCUGUCCUAAACGCACACACACACAUACACACACAGACGCACACAUAGAAAAACACGUCAGGUGCAUGUUGUACGGACCACACCGCUCGAAGAGUUCUUUCAUUUGUCCCGCGUUACUGAAGUGAAAAGGUCAGGGAUUUCUACUCUCUCCUUUUUUUUUCUUUCUUUUUUUUUUUAAAAUAUAGGAGUGGUUUCUAUUGCGAUUCAGUCCUGAAUAUCAGAGGAUGUAAAAUGCAAACGUGGAAAAAAAGAGAAAGUCGUAUACUGUCGUGUUGUACUAGUGGUGUGCGUUUAGUAGGAGGGUGUUUGGUGUUCCAGCAUGAAAUCACAACCUGUUAUCAGACUGAGUGACUAUGAGAAGAGAAACUGUACAGUAACCAAAUGAAGUUGUGAUAGUUUCUUUUUCUAAAGAAAAUAAAAAUGAUAAUUAACUGAAA